GGGGGCUGGGGAGAGAGAGAUUGUUGGUGCUGCAGACUCAGAGACAGAGAGGAGGAGGAGGAGAGAGAGAAAGAGGGAGAGAGAGAGAGAGACCAGCAGCAUUCUGUCACUAUUUGUUGCUUCUUACAGCUGCUGCUGCUGCUGCUGCUGCCUCUCACUGUCACUCUCAGUGUCACUGUGACUGUGACUGUGUGAAGGAGCGCCUGCACCGCAGAGUCUCCUCGGUGACUAAAACUGCACAAGUGUGUGUGAAGCUGCUCUGGAAUUGACUCAACACCAAUGAUCCCCAGCCAAACCUGGCACACACCCUCUCAUGAAGAUGGGAAAUGCCUCAGAAACAUUUCUGAUGGUGUCCAACAUAUCGAAAGACAAUGACUUUCUUAUGGGAACUCUCUACACAAUCUUUGGUGUCCUGUCAGUGCUAGGAAAUGGGAUCCUGCUGUUUGUGGCCUAUAGAAAGAAAUCCUCCCUGAAGCCAGCAGAGUUCUUUGUGGUCAACCUCGCCAUCAGUGACCUGGGUAUGACCGUCACCCUGUUCCCAGUGGCUAUUCCUUCAGCCUUCGCUCACAUGUGGCUGUUAAAUGAAAGCGCCUGUAUUUUCUACGCCUUCUGUGGUGUCCUGUUUGGCUUGUGCAGUCUGACCAACCUCACCGUGCUCUCCUGCGUCUGCUGGCUCAAGGUUUGCUGCCCAAACUAUGGUAACAAGUUUUCAUACUGCCACGCCUGCCUCCUAGUCGCAGGCGUCUGGUGCUACGCUGCUGUCUUUGCUGUUGGCCCCCUGUCAGGAUGGGGGCAGUACGGCCCGGAGCCGUACGGCACGGCAUGCUGCAUCGAUUGGCAUGCACCGAGCCAAAACUCUGCCGCCAUGAGCUACAUCAUCUGCCUCUUCUUCUUUUGCUACAUUGUUCCUUGCACCGUCAUCUUCCUCUCCUACAUAUUCAUCCUGCUGACCGUGAGGGGCUCUCGCCAGGCUGUGCAGCAGCACAUGUCGCCGCAGAACAAGAUCGCCAAUGCACAUGGACUUAUUGUUAAGCUUUCUGUGGCUGUGUGCAUCGGUUUCCUAACAGCAUGGAGUCCAUAUGCUGUUGUGUCCAUGUGGGCGGGUUUUGGUAACCCAGCAACUGUACCGCCCAUGGCUUUUGCUCUGGCAGCAAUAUUUGCCAAGUCCUCUACUCUUUACAACCCUAUCAUCUACCUGGUGUUCAAGCCCAACUUCCGCAAGUUCCUGUGCCGCGAUGUGGCCCAAUGCAGGAAUAUGCUCUGUGGAUGUCUUUGCCGGCACAGCUCCCCACAGAAGUCCCACAGCAGAGAAGAAUGCAAUGCUACAAGGUUGUCCAAUGGGCUACCAGAGAACCACGGCAUCUGCAAACACUGCACCUGCCCGGAAACAGUCCAGGAUAGCAGAGGAAACCUCACAGGCUCCAACCCGCAGCAGACUGCCAGGAUACUGAAAGGAUCAAUACUCAAUGAGGUGGCUGUCAGUCAGCUCUCCAAUGAGAUGCAGAGUGAUUUCCUCUAGAGAAACAAACAGUGUCAGACAGAAACCAGGGUUGAAAAAGAAAGACAAGGUGGGGGGGAAAUGGGAAUUUAAUUAAAAACAAAAAGGUCAAGAUUGACUGGAGGGAAAACAGUUGGCCAAAGUGGUAAAAAAGAACUUGAUUCAGGCCUCAAAACAGCCAACAUGCAACAACAGAUGUGUACAUCUGUGUUUCAUCAGGUCAAACCAACGUGAUCAUUUUCACUGGUCAGCAGAAAUCAAACAAGCCUGAGCCUCCACAGUCGAGGAGCCAAGACCUUUUAUUCCCUAAAUCACAUUUUAUGUACGUAUUUAUUACGAGAUGCUGUAUUUAAUGUUAUCAGUAUUUAUUCAUGCAUGCCUCACAUUGAGGAAUAACAGGGUUGCUAUUGUUGUGUAAUAGAAAAUAAUUGAUGUUCUCUUGUUGCUGGAGAUCAGUGAUGAACAGAUUCAAAUUAAGCUCCAUUACUUGCAAAGCGUCAGCGUCUACAUUAGGGCUGCAACUAACGAUCAUUUACACCAUUAAUCGUUGUGUGAGAAAGUGUUGAAAAAUGUAGUCCAGUGUUUCCCCAACAUUGAAAGAAUGUUUCUUUGUCCACAAACCAAAAUGAUUCAGUGAUAAUGAUUUCUUUGUUAGAUGCAGUAAAGAAACCAGAAAAGAUUUGCAUUUAAGAGGCUGAAAAAAGAAAAAAAAAGAAAAACAAAAUAGUAGUAACUGAU